AAGCCGCCGAGUCAGUUGCGCGGCGCAGUUUAAAGCGAGCGUUUCGUGUGCCGGAAAAAUCGGAAAAUAAAAGCUAAAGACUUGAACGGAAAACGGAAGACUUAUGUUUUUUGUGCUGUGACAAAUGCGAUUUAUUCGUGAACAAUUGUGGAACUCAACAAUUAGUUAGAAUUGUUCUCUAAUAACCCUGAAUUCUGGCUUGCAAAAAGUGCGAGGAAAUAAUAAUAAAUACUGUCAACAAACUGAAAUAAAAAAUCAAAUAACCAUAGCAUUUGUGAAGCCCUGGCAACACUUGCAUUUUCCCUCACGACCAACCGCCCAAUAACUCCCGACUGACACACAUUUGAUGAGAACAAAUAGCAAACCAAAAUAAAUCAACCGAAAAUAAUGUCAACGAAAUCGAUGGCAGGCCACGGCAGCUGCAACAUGUUGCUGCUGUGUCUGCUGCUCUUGCUGCCAGCAGCAUCCCCAAUCCGCCUCCCCAGGAACAACAACAAAGGCAACAAUGCAACAGCCAGAGCAGCAGCAACAACAUUAGCAACAACAACAACAGCAACAUCGACAGCAGCAACAUCUGCUGGAGGCAACAAUGCCAAUGCCAAGGCUGGUAGCAAAUAUGAGAUACGCGGCGUUGCCGGUGAACCAAAUUACAAAUCGGUGAAUCUGACCUGGGAAGUUGAAUUCGUGCCGUCGGCCCAUGACACAGAUUCGAGUCGUCCCAACUCGCGAACGGGCCAGGUGAACGCGACAAAUAUGAGCGGCGGCGAUGUGGAACCGCCCCGGGCGCUGGCAUUCCAGAUCUUCUACUGCGAGAUGCAGAACUACGGACCGCAGCGGUGUCGCGUCAAAUUGGUGAACGGCACCACCGCCGAGGUGGUGUCCCACGAGGACAAGGAGCAGCAGCAGCAGCAGCAGGAUCCCUUGGGUUCUCAGGUGCAGCACUUUGCCGCCGCGGUGGAAAACCUGCGAAUGGCCACUAAAUAUAGUUUUCACAUUCGCCCGGCGGCUCAGAGGCGCCUCCAAGCGGGCGGGACGCGAAGCUCCAAUGCCCGCUCUGAAUUUCAUGACGAGAAUGAGAUCGAAAGUGGAUCUGGACAUCUGCCAGGACAGAGUAUUGUUAUUCCCACCAAGGGUUUCACUGCUCAUGCCACUCAGUGUUUGCCUCAUGCCUCGGAAAUUGAAGUGGAAACAGGUCCAUAUUUUGGAGGUAGAAUUGUAGUAGAUGGAGGAAACUGUGGCAUAAAAGGAGAUGCCAGUGAUUCGGCGGACAAGUACACCAUGAGAAUCGAUCACAAGGAGUGUGGCAGUUUGGUAAAACCAGAGACCAACACGGUGGAAACUUUUAUAACGGUGCAGGAAAAUUUGGGGAUUUUCACUCACAGCACUAGACGCUUUGUAGUAGUGUGCAGCUAUCAGUCGGGCAUGCAGACGGUCCGGGCAAGCUUCACUGUACCCGGAAAGAACGGAGUGGCCGCUGCCUACGAACCGAAUGAUCCCUUCGAACCCGAUGAGGAUCAGCGCUUGGGCAGGGAACUCCGCCAGAUGAGGUACGUCAACAAGACUGAGCUGGUGCUAAAGGAGCCCGAUUCCUCGCCCGAUUCUCCACCGGAUUCCCCAACUGAAUCUGAUUCCCUGGAGGAGGCAGCGGUGGUGGAGCAGACCCAGCCGCCCACUACGGAGCAGGUUGCCCAGCCAAGAGGUCAGGGCAGAGCUCUGAACCUCAACGAGGUCAACAGCUUGGUGGAGAGUCGUCACUUGGAGCCGGUGGUGGGCACCAAGUACGCCAAACUGGUUGUCGACCAGGCUGAGAACUCCUGGUUGCCGUUGGAGGCGAACUCGCCACCAGGAGGCAGCGUCGAGGAUGAAGCUGUUCUGCGUUAUAUUGGCUCCCAUCUGAGCAGCGUGCUGGUAACCGUUUCGCUAUCUGUGAUAAUCAUCAGCAUUUGCAUCGUCUUGCUGCAGCGCCAGCGGAUCCGACCGCCGCCCCGCAGCCCCGCCCCCUCGCUGGCCGCCCACCUGCCGCACAAGACGCUGCCGCGUGCUCUGCAGCAGCACCAAUACCAGUGCACCUUGUAGGUGCCCCACUCGCCCCCCAAAAACCACCACCACCGAAUGCCCCAACUCGUCCUCCGAUUUCCAGCUAGUUAUGCCCACUUGUCUUGCUGAAUGUCAAGGAAGAAAGCAAAAAAUACGAGAACUCCAUUUAGCUAAAGAUGACUGCGCAUAGCCACGCCCCCCUCCAACCGCCUCCCGCCUCCUGGAACCUUGGUUCCCCCCAAUCAAGACCCCAAAACGGUACCAGCGGGAUCAGCAUCCUACGAUUUACAUAAUUGUUAACUCGACUUCGAAUCUGGCCAAGCUUUAAACUGCGAUCACGAGGAGGACGAGCGGGCAAAGGGCACUUCUCAUAGAGCGAGAUUAGUCUGUAGGCUCCUUAGUCUAAGAUUUUUGUAUAAACUAUUUAUGCCCGGAAAAUAUAUUUAUUUUUAGCUACUAAAAA